CGGGAGAAGAGCCACCUCGGGAUAUUUGGAAGGAUAAAGGGUCCUUGUCCCGCAGGGCGAUGACCACACCGGCGGGCUCCGGUGCCGGCUACGGCUCUGUGUCCUGGUGGGGAAUGUCGCCAGCGCUGGACCUGCAGGCUGAGAGUCCUCCCGUGGACCCAGAGUCGCAGGCAGAGACAGAGCACAAGAUCCCGGAGUUGGAUGCCCUGCUGUUAGGCUCCGUGGAUGGGCGACACGUGCUGCGGACGCUGUCCAGGGCAGCGCUCUGGCCUCUCCGGAGGUUCAAUUUUUAUGUGCUGGAGAAUAAUCUGGAAGCUGUGGCGCGACACAUGUUGAUCUUCAGCCUAGCCCUAGAGGAACCCGAGAAGAUGGGGCUCCAAGAGCGCUGUGAGACCUUCCUGGAGCUGUGGGGGAAUGCGCUGCUGCGACCCUCGGUAGCUGCCUUCGUGCGCGCCCAGGCUAGCAGCCUGGCUCAUCUGGUCCCUGAACCUGAUCGCCUGGAGGAGCAACUACCCUGGCUCAGCCUCCGGCCGCUCAAGUUCCGCGAGCGGGAUGCCCUGGAAGCCGUGUUCCGCUUCUGGUCUGGUGGGGAGAAAGGCCCCGAGGUCUUCCCCAUGAGUCGCCUUUGGGACUCGAGGCUGCGCCACUACCUGGGUUCCCGCUACGAUGCCCGGCGGGGUGUUGCUGACUGGGACCUGUGCAUGAAGCUGCACGAUCGAGCGGCCCAAGUCAUCCACAUCCAAGAAUUCCGACGCUGGCGGGACACAGGUGUUGCCUUUGAACUCAGAGACUCAAGCGCUUACCACGUGCCCAACAGGACCCUGGCGUCCGGUCGCCUCCUGAGCCACCGUGGGGAACGCGUGGCGGCGCGCGGAUACUGGGGGGACAUCGCCACGGGCCCCUUUGUGGCUUUUGGCAUCGAGGCGGACGACCAGAGCCUCUUGCGGACGAGUAACGGACAACCGGUCAAGACUGCAAGCGAGAUCACGCAGCACAACGUUACCGAGCUGUUCCGGGAAGUGGCCGCCUGGAGGGGCCCGAGAGCCAUCCGGGGGUCCCUGGAGGAGAAGACAUCGCCCUUGUCUGAUGUGCCUACUCUAGAACCCUUUACUAUGCAUUUUCUGCCUCUCGAUUCUUCGCAGACUCUCCACCAUAAGACCUGCUACAAGGGCCGGUUCCAGCUGCUCUAUGUGUCCUGUGGGAUGGUACAUCUACUCAGUCCUGAGCUUGGGGCUUGCGUGGCCCCUGGAGGGAACCUGGUUGUGGAGUUAGCUCGGUACUUGGUGGACCUGCGGCCCAAGGAGUUGAAGGCAUUCUCUGACCGCGUUGGAGAGAUAGCGCGGGCGGCUGGGUUCGCCCCUCAUCCUGGAGCCAUACCCUCGGAGACGUUUGCGCGCUUCUACAAGUUAGGGGACUCUACUAGGGGUGGUGGAGACUCGGUUGUGGAAUCUGGACCCUCAACCUGCAAAGUCCUGGCCCUUCCUCUAGAAGCGAUGAGACCACCCCAGGCUGACCCGACCCCUACUCUAGAAGCGAUGAGCCCACCCCAGGCUGACCAGGCCCCUCCUCUAGAAGCGAUGAGCCCACCCCAGGCUGACCAGGCCCUGCCUCUAGAAGCUAUGAGCCCACCCCAGGCUGACCAGGCCCUGCCUCUAGAAGCUAUGAGCCCACCCCAGGCUGACCAGGCCCCUCCUCUAGAAGCGAUGAGCCCACCCCAGGCUGACCCGGCCCCUCCUCUAGAAGCGAUGAGCCCACCCAAGCCCCUCCUCCUGAAGUGAUAAACACCUGGCAAUGUCUACGGUGAAUGGUGAAUGUACCUGCAAAACCCAGGGACCAAGAAGGCCAGCUUUAACUGCUGAAGUAGGCCCCAGGAUUGACACCACCUCAUAUAACCAACCCUCAGUCCACCUCUGGCCCAGAUGCCGUUUUACCCUGCAUUUACCCUUUCUCAACCCCUUCCUGGAACUCUCAGCUCUGCGAUUGUGGGUGGUGGUGGUGGGAGGCCCUAGAUUGUUCUCUGAGUUACCCUCAGUCUAAUUGCAGGCUGAACACACAGCCCUCGGUUCCAGGUCCUCUCCUUUGCCUUGGGCCCUUUCUCUCCUGACAUUGCUACUGUUGGGAGACACAGGGACAUCGCCUCCCCUCCAUGUGGUUCAAAUAAAGAGCACAGGGUCAC